AAUGAAAACACAAAGUCACAAACUACAUAGCUCCUUUCUCGCUCUCUGCAACUGCCUCACUGCCAGCCUUAUCUCUUUUCUGCCCCUACCCAACACUUGAAACUAAGCCAUGAGCGAAGAGAGAGCCGUUCUAGUGUGCCGCGACAUCCCAAGCCUUAGAGAAAGCUUCAAUUCCACUUUUAUUCGGACCACGGACUACGAGCCGCUAUGGAAGACCGCGCGGCUCAGCUGUACUGCGAGUGGCAGCCGCUGUAAUUUCGCCUGCGUUUCGAUGGCAGAAAAGAGAGACCAGAGGGAGUUCGAGCCGACUCCGGCUCAGCUCCUGAAGCACCCGCUGGCUAUCGUCGCUUGCGUUCCCAAGGACGCCGCGCUCUUCGCCGCCGGCGCCAUCGCCGGUGCCGCUGCCAAGACCGUCACGGCUCCGCUCGAACGCAUCAAGCUCCUCAUGCAGACUCACGGUGUGCGAGUUGGAAAAGAAAGUGCUAAGAAAGCGAUUGGUUUCAUCGAGGCCAUAACAUUGAUUGGGAAGGAAGAAGGGAUCAAAGGGUACUGGAAAGGCAACCUUCCUCAGGUGAUACGGGUCAUACCUUACAGUGCAGUCCAGCUUUUUGCUUAUGAAACUUACAAGAAAUUAUUUAGGGGAAAGGAUGGUGAGCUUUCUGUUAUUGGAAGACUUGCGGCAGGUGCAUGCGCUGGCAUGACGUCCACUUUUGUAACAUACCCUUUAGAUGUCCUGAGGUUACGGUUAGCAGUUGAACCAGGGUACCGAACUAUGUCUGAGGUUGCUUUAAACAUGCUCAGAGAAGAAGGAUUUGCCUCAUUUUACUUUGGUCUUGGGCCUUCCCUUCUCGGAAUAGCACCUUAUGUUGCUGUGAACUUUUGUGUUUUUGACUUGGUGAAGAAGUCUUUGCCAGAGAAAUAUCAGAAAAGGACCGAAACAUCUCUACUAACUGCUGUGGUGUCAGCUUCUCUUUCCACGAUCACAUGCUAUCCCUUGGACACCGUGAGAAGACAGAUGCAAAUGAGGGGCACACCUUAUAAGACAAUUCUGGAUGCCUUUCCAGGAAUUGUGGCACGCGAUGGAAUAGUCGGCUUGUACCGAGGCUUUGUUCCCAAUGCUUUAAAAACCCUACCAAAUAGCAGCAUUAGGCUUACCACCUUUGACAUUGUUAAGCGCCUAAUUGCGGCCAGUGAGAAAGAGUUUCAGAGAAUCAUGGAGGGAAAUCGCAGUAAACACAGCUAGAAUCUCACUAAUUGAAAGAGCCUGGGUGUUGAUGCCAUUAUAUUGUUUCUCAACAUUCUACUCCCGCUCAUUUUUCUUGUGGAGAUCAUUUCCCCUUAGAAUUAGCCAUUAUUUCUGGGAAUCAUCUUUUGCCAGAAGUUCCUGUAUUGUAGUAUCUAAGAAUUCAUGAGGCUCAGAGAAAAGAAAAGAAAAGAAAAAAAAAAAAGACAAGAAUUUAACGAUUUGAGAAUACUGGGGUUGUAUUUUUGUGAUGGGAAUUAGGAUGCCAUUUUUUCGUGGAAUUCGAGCUCCCCCGAAAUUUCCUGUUC